AUGACUUCCAGCGAAACUGCAGAGGGCAUUGCGCUUCUGGCCAAGCAUUUCUGCGAUGAUAAGGAUGUUCACCCUGAAGAAAUCAGCUUCCUGAGGAGAAUGCUUCUUUCCAACCAGGAGCGUGUCCAGCCGAUGACCACGGACCCAGAGGAGCAAGAAUCUAAAGUCCAAUUAAUCCGUGCAAUUCAACUCCGGUAUUGCGGAAGCCGUAACCGACGCAAUAACAAUGAAGAACGCAUAUUUCGCGAAAUUCACUUCGCUGGCCUGUUUGUUUUGCCAAAGGCAGAGCUGCAGGCUUUGGCACGAGACCACAUCAACGAAAUCAACAACUACCUGGGCCACUGCCUCCCUGUCGUCAAGCAAAUUGUGUUCGGGCUCGACGAAAACGGAGCACAUCCGAAGGACUACGACUCUGACGCUGAUUCAAGUGCCGAAUCCGACGACGACGACGACGAGAGUGGUCCUCCUACUCCCAGUUCAAGUAGCACAUUCGACGACGCCGUCCUUUACAUGACUUAUAAACCGGAACUUCGUCUUCGUCGCUUACCGGGACUCCUAGCAGAGACGAUGGCUCACAAUGACGGAUGCGUCCUUUCUGGAGCACGGAAUCCUGUGGAAAUUGCCCACAUAUUCGCCCUCGAAUCUUCCAACACCAGCUACGCUAUUAAUACCCUGAAAGCGUUGUGGCACUCUACUCAACGCAUGUUCGGUCCUGAAAUCACAGCUACAGUGUCAGAAUUUUUAUUCCGUGAGCCUGGAGCUGCUGAUGAGUCGUGGAACACUAUUUGUCUAUCGAGAUCUCUACAUCGCGCCUGGGACCUGAAUCUGUUCGGUCUUGAGCCGCUACCCGAACAGCCAAAACCUCAUACAAUCCGGGUGCGCCUUGAAUGGUUCUGCGAAAGGCAUGGGCAAAAAUGGAAGCGAGAAGUCGAACCUUCCACAAAACUCUUGACCGAGCUAGCCGAAGACGUAGCUUUUCACCGCGAGUUUAUAGCGCAGUACGAGACGAAUGUUGUAACGGGUCGACGUCUGUUGACAGACAACAUUUACGAGAUCAAGGGCCUCACUGCUUAUGAGCGAUCCGGCAUGGUUGCGGCACUGGCUGCGAGGUGGCGUGCCCAGGUUGUACUAUUUACCGCCGGGGCCGCUGGGAUGCCUGGAGAUAUGAUUGACUAUGUAAAUCAUGAGGAGGAUGACGUUGUCAAAAUGAUGGCCCACCUAGCUGAGCAAGCCUCGACGGAUGUCUUUAAUGAGUUUGCCCGCAGUGUCCUGCCGGAAAAGGUAUCACAGGUCGGAGCGGCGCUACUAGACGGUGACAAUACCACUAUGUAG